AGACCCCCUCCCCGGAAAAAAGGCAAUUCGGAGUAAAAAGCCUUUCCUCUUCUUUUUAAAGGGUUGCCAAUUAACGAGCAAAAAAAGGAGGCAGCAGCAACAACUGAUUGGGGAACCUCCCCCGUCCUCCCCCCCCCCCCACGUUCCUUUCUUUUGGUCGCCUUCAUCUCGGGGAUCUUAAUUGUGGAAAACCUGCCAACAGAUAGAUAGACGUGUACGCAAGCCAACUUGGAGAAGCGGCGAGGCUUCCCUGCCCACCCUUUUGCCGCCGUCGUUGCCUGUGGCGUGGCAAUGUGAGUGAGGAUUGCGCCGCCGCUUUCGCCCUAUUUCUUCCUUCCCGUCGGCGAGAGAAACCGUGGAAUUAGAAGCCCGGCACGGAUCGCGCGUGUGCGCGCGUGGUUGUGGAGAGAGACCAGCUUGGUUGUGUUAAAGGACGCCGAGGAGAAUUCAGACGGCAUCCGGGAGAUCCUUCUGGAAACACUACAAAAUACAGAACUUUGCUUCUCGUGGGUCUCUCAAUGUACGUCCAAGCUUGAAUGAAGAACACGAAAAGUACUUUGCUUUACGUGAAGUGAGCACUGGAGCUGGGAGACUUGGCUGUGAGUUACACUUCCUCCCUUUAUCAAUGGAUUCCAGUCUUACAUGGGUUUGUUUCAAGCAGCUGGAACGUGGUGCCAUGAGACAGUCUGUCAUCCAUGACGCAUUGGGAUUAUCAUGAUCGAAUACUCCACUUUGAUUUUAACCAGUGGCCAAGAGCUUUGUAUGGUCAGCAACAAGGACCGGACUUUUAAAGACAGUAUAACAGGCCUGUGACGGAGGAUUAGACAACAUCAGUGGAGUCAUGCUUCACACAGCCAUAUCAUGCUGGCAGCCAUUUCUAGGUCUGGCUGUGUUGCUAAUUUUCAUGGGCUCCACCAUAGGCUGCCCGGCCCGCUGUGAGUGCUCAGCACAGAACAAGUCUGUCAGCUGUCACCGGAGGCGCCUGAUUGCCAUCCCCGAGGGCAUCCCCAUUGAGACGAAAAUCCUGGAUCUUAGCAAGAACAGGCUGAAAAGUGUCAACCCGGAGGAGUUCACAGCUUUCCCUCUGCUGGAGGAGAUAGAUCUCAGCGACAACAUCGUUGCCAACGUCGAGCCUGGAGCCUUUAACAAUCUGUUUAACUUGCGCUCCUUGCGGCUGAAAGGGAACCGUCUGAAGCUGGUCCCUUUAGGGGUCUUCACCGGCCUGUCAAACUUAACAAAGCUAGAUAUCAGUGAGAACAAGAUUGUCAUUCUGCUGGACUACAUGUUCCAGGAUCUGCACAACCUCAAGUCCCUCGAGGUUGGGGAUAACGAUCUGGUUUAUAUCUCUCACAGGGCCUUCAGCGGACUGCUCAGUUUGGAGCAGCUAACUCUGGAAAAAUGCAACCUAACAGCUGUACCAACAGAAGCCCUUUCUCACCUUCACAACCUCAUCAGCCUACACCUGAGACAUCUCAAUAUUAACCUUCUGCCUGCAUAUGCCUUCAAGAGAUUGUUCCACCUGAAAAAUCUAGAAAUAGACUAUUGGCCUAUGCUGGACAUGAUCCCUAUCAACAGCCUGUAUGGCUUGAACCUCACCUCCCUCUCCAUCACCAAUACCAACCUGUCCACUGUCCCUUAUUCUGCCCUGAAGCACCUAGUUUACUUGACCCACCUGAAUCUCUCCUACAACCCCAUCAGCACCAUUGAGUCGGACAUGCUUGCCGAUGUGGUGCGCCUCCAAGAGCUCCACAUAGUUGGGGCCCAGUUGCGUACCAUCGAACCCCACGCAUUCCAAGGACUCCGGUUCCUCCGGGUGCUUAAUGUGUCCCAAAACCUGUUGGAAACCAUCGAAGAGAACGUGUUCCACUCCACCAAAGCCCUGGAAAUCCUCUGCAUAAGCAACAACCCACUGGCUUGCGACUGCCGCUUGCUUUGGAUUUUACAAAGGCAGCCCACACUGCAGUUUGGGGGCCAGCAGCCAAUGUGCGCCGGCCCGGACAGCGUCAAAGAGAGGCCCUUCAAAGACUUCCACAGCACCGCCCUUUCUUUCUACUUCACCUGCAAGAAGCCGAGGAUACGCGACAAGAAGCUGCAAUACCUGGUGAUCGAGGAAGGCCAAACGGUGCAGCUACAGUGCAGUGCAGAUGGCGACCCUCAGCCCACCGUCGCCUGGCUGACGCCGCGACGGAGACUGGUCACCGCCAAAUCGAAUGGGAGAGCUACGGUGCUGGGAGAUGGCACCCUGGAGAUCCGGUUUGCCCAAGAUCAAGACAGUGGGAUCUAUGUUUGUGUGGCCAGCAACGCUGCUGGGAACGACACCUUGUCAGCCACCCUAACCGUCAAAGGGUUUGCCUCGGAUCGUUUCCUUUAUGCCAACAGGACUCCUAUGUACAUGACAGAUUCCAAUGACACCAGUUCCAAUGGAACCAAUAUGAAUACAUUUUCCCUGGACCUUAAGACAAUACUGGUGUCGACAGCCAUGGGCUGCUUCACAUUCCUCGGGGUGGUUUUAUUUUGUUUCUUACUACUUUUUGUGUGGAGCCGAGGGAAAGGCAAGCAUAAAACCAACAUUGACCUCGAGUACGUCCCCCGUAAGAACAAUGGCGCGGUUGUGGAAGGGGAGGUCCCGGGACCACGCAGGUUCAAUAUGAAAAUGAUUUGAUGGUGGUGUGCUGCUAGAAUUAUUAAUUCUUCCCCUGCCCCCCUCUCCUGUGGCAUUCUGACCAAUCCAACAAGCUUGGUAUCUAGGAAUUGCCAUGCUAGAGGCUCUUGGCCGUCGCGGUGUCAAACGGUACAUGGAAACCAGGAAGACUAUCUGAGGUUGUACAGCAAAGCCUCUUGUUUUGAGGCUGCGUGUGUGUGUGUUAGGGCUUUUUUGCAGAGUUGGCAUACAGUACUAAUUGUUUGCAUUGCAAAUUUUUUGCCAUUCUGAGGAUCUCAGUAACAAACUGUCGGCUCAUGUUCACGGACAAGUGUUCAAAACAUUUUCUACCACUACAAAAAUAAAAAAAUUAAGGGAAAAAAACCCUACAGUGUAGGAUUUACAUAUUUAAAGAGAGAGAGAGAGACAUUUGUCUACAACAUAACUCUGCAGUGAAAUUUGUAUCUAUAGAUCUCAUUUGCUAAAUCCUCGCAUCAUACAUACCUUCUAGUUGAUUCGACACCACAAGAUUAAUGUAUUACUGUAUUUUUUUUAAUAUACAUAUUUAACUGUGUACAUUUUAAAGCAAUACAAAUGAGACGUUUUUGUUCCUUCCACAGUAACUGACCCAAGUGUGAUGUCACUUGUUCCAUAACUACAGCCAAAUUCCCAAAUCAGACCUCUGUAGUCACCAAUGAAAGAUGCUGUGGCUUGUGCCUAACGUUACAUCAAAGACCAGAGAGAAACUGUCGAGGCAGGCAGAAUUUACUGUGUCCCCCUUGCUCUUCUCUUUAUGGAAAGAAAGGCAUGUGCCUACUUUUGAUAUAGAAUAGAAUAUUUUCUUAAAGUAUCUGUGAGAUCACGUUGGACCCGUUUACUGUAAGAGUCCAAGGUCCAACUUCCUAGUCAUGGUUGGCACCAACACUGGCAAAUUAACUGGAUGACCGUUCUUUCCCCCACUCACCCCUCUGUUUUAAUUUCUUUUCCAUUGUUAAGAUGUCAGUGUGCUGGGAUAAAGAACCAGGUUAAUGCAUUCUGCCAUAUUUCCAGUGAAGUGCCAUCAGAGUUUUAUUAAUGGAUGAGAAUGCCGCUCAACAAAAGCCCUUCCCCACUCAAUAGCUUCCACAAGGCCAAAUUACUGCCAAACUUCAAGCCACUGUCCAUUUUGUAUUUACAAGAAACACUGGGCUGGUCUAUACAGUCCUUUGCUGCUGUUUUUUUUAAAAUUAUUAUUAUUCUCACAGAAAUGACCCCUGGCAGCCUGAUCGUGUGAAGAACAAAACCCUAGAGGCACCAUUUCAGACUCCAGGAUGGUGUAAGAGCAAAGAGCUUGCUUGCAAAAGAUAUGUCAUACAUUAAAUAUAAGAAAACCCAGUGUAUUUUAA